ACCCGUGCAUGUUAUUCUGGGGGAUUGGGGGGGGCUCGUGCGAUUUCAGCUGUGCGGGCUUGACCCAACAGACAGGAGGGCGCUCGAGCUCCACCAUUUUCACGCACGGCACGCACGUCGACCCGGUGAAAUCGUCACGCUGAUAGGAUCUGUGGAAUCUGUCGCGAGUGUGCUUGCGCGGUUGGAGAGCAUCCUGACAGAGCGCGAGGUCAGUGGUAAUCGGUGUGGGUCUGCAGAAGGCUUUGGCGUGGAGGUGUGGGGUGUGCUAGAGAGCGACUUGCGCUGGACUCCUGGCCGAAUCGGAGCAUCCCAUUCCCGGCUGCAUCCAUCCCUCCGCGCCUCAGCUCCAGCGGGAGGCCGGGAGCGGCGGCAGGAUGUAGCAGCGGAUUAGCGGCGGAGAGAGGGGCGCUCAGAGGAAGAGAGCGGGACCGCGGCAGGACGGAGGGGACAUGGGGAAGGACCAGGAGCUGCUCCAGGCCGUGAAGACCGAGGACUUGCUGACAGCUCAGCGGCUUCUACAGAGACCACGGCCAGGGAAAGCCAAGCUUCUCGGAGCAGCAAAGCGGGUGAAUGUCAACAUCCAGGAUGCAGAUGGGCUGUCACCGCUGCAUCAUGCUGCUCUGAGUGGUAACAAGGAGAUGAUCUCUCUGCUGUUGGAGGCCCAGGCAGCAGUGGAUAUCAAAGACCAUAAAGGGAUGCGUCCCCUGCAUUAUGCUGCAUGGCAGGGGAAGACUGAGCCAAUGAAAAUGCUGCUAAAGGCAGGCUCGUCAGUCAACGGACAGUCAGACGAAGGACAGAUCCCGCUCCACCUGUCAGCUCAGCAUGGACACUAUGACGGGUCUGAGAUGUUGCUGCAACACCAGUCCAACCCGUGUAUCUCAGACGCAGCUGGGAAAACUCCGCUGGACCUCGCCUGUGAAUUUGGACGUGUCGGAGUGGUCCAGCUCCUGCUCAGCAGUAACAUGUGUGCAGCCAUGCUGGAACCAAAGCCCUCCGACCCCAACGGAGUGUCACCUUUGCAUCUGGCUGCCAAGAAUGGACACAUCGAAGUGAUACGGUUGCUGAUUCAGGCUGGCAUAGAUAUCAACAGACAGUCUGAGUCUGGCACUGCACUACAUCAGGCUGCCCUCUGUGGGAAGACGGAGGUAGUACGCCUGCUGCUGGAUAGCGGCAUCAGUGCAGGCGUGAGAAACACGCUGAGUCAAACUGCCCUGGACAUCGUUAACCAGUUCACCACCACGCAGGCCAGCCGGGAGAUCAAACAAUUACUGAGAGAUGCCUCGGCUGCAAUGCAAGUGCGAGCACUAAAGGAUUACUGCAACAACUAUGACCUUACCAGCCUAAACAUCAAAGCUGGAGACAUUAUCACGGUUUUAGAGCAGCACUCUGAUGGCCGAUGGAAAGGCUGCAUUCAUGACAACCGGACAGGAAAUGACCGCGUGGGCUACUUCCCCUCCAACAUGGUGGAAGUUAUCAAGAGAGCAGGUCACUCCCCCUCUCAGCAGUGCCACACCCUCCUCCUCCGCAGGCCCAACCCCUGCCCCAUUGCCUCGGUCAACGGAAACUCAUACCCCCCCUCCAAAGUCCUUCCCCUGCAUCUGCCUCCCCCUCCUCCCCUUAACCCCAACACACAGUCCCUCCCUCGGUUCUCCUCAUUUGGGUACGUUCCUCUCCCUAUCUCUCCUCCUUCUCUGUGUACUCCUCCUCUGUCCACUUCUCCUCCUCCUCUCUCCACUUCUCAGGAGCAGCAAAGUCAGACAGGUUCACGAACUGCAGAGCUCAGUCCUCAGGGCUCUCCCACUUUGGGACAGCAGAGCAGCACCAGUGAGGACAUCUGGGUGCUGCGCAAACCGCUGGCAGGUGGCGAGCGCAGUGGCAGCGUCGGGAGCCUCGGCAGUAUUCGGUCAUCAAGCAGCUUGCAGGGCUCUGGAAACACACAUGUUCUGACCACUCCUGCACCCAGUCCCCACCCGGCACCCACGCCAGGGGUAAACACCCACGGCCUUAAUGCUCCGGGCCUGCAUGCACAAGCAGAAGGGGUUAAGCUCCUGGCCACUGUGCUGUCUCAGUCGGUAAAAGCCAAGGAGCAUCUCUUGGAGCAGUCACAGUCUGUUGAGCAGUCAGCAAGCUCUUCUAGCAGCACCGUUCAUGAACAGCGGUCGUUUGAACGGAAGACCGAAGAGGAUGAUGGGAAAAAGCAGGCAGUAGUGGCGUGGCUGGGUGAGUUUCAGCUGCAGUUCUACACCACCCACUUCCUCACCGCGGGAUAUGAUCUAGACACCAUUAGCCGCAUGACCCCUGAGGAUCUGACGGCCAUUGGGGUCAUGAAGCCUGGACAUCGAAAGAAGUUAAUAUCAGAGAUCAGCAAGCUGCCCUCCACAGACUGGCUGCCCGACCACAAGCCUGCUAAUCUGGCUGACUGGCUGUCUCACCUGGGCCUCAGUCAGUACUACCAGGUACUUGUGCAGAAUGGGUACGAGAACAUUGACUUUGUCUCGGACAUCAGCCUCGAAGAUCUGCGAGAGAUUGGCAUUACUAAGCUCGGUCAUCAGAAGAAGAUAAUGUUGGGCGUGAAGCGACUGAAGGAGCUACAGAAAGGAGAAAGUGGGUCUGAGCCUCCUCAGAGCCCCUCUCCACCUCCAUCCAGCCCAGGUGGCAGUGCCGCAUCAGAACUGCGGAAAGAGGCGAGGAAGCAGAGGGACGGGGUCCCCAGCCCACUGGCCAAACCUCGCCCAGGUCUCACACGUACACAAACCCCUCCCCAUACAACGAAUCAAACCCCGCCACAAACGCCCCCACACAGUCGGACCCAGCAGGCAUCCCCCAGGGCUCGACCGCGACCCUCCACCCAGCAGUUGACAGUAGACUCAGCAGUACCUCUGCUGCGGCUGCCCAGCGAGGAGGAAGAGCGACGGAGAACUCACAGUCUAAUUGGCUCAGAAUCAGACUCUAGAUAUGCCACUGUGUGCCGCAGCAGCUCUUCACAUACCGCUGCCACUAAUGAUGUCACUGUUAACCGCAGCCAGUCAUCUGUCACUCUCCGUCCCCGUCGGAAAGGUCGGCCCCCGACACCACCUAAACGGUCCUGUUCUUCCAUUACCGGUGGUGACGGGGAGGGGGAAGGGCAGGUAGAGGGGCUGCUCGGGCUGCCAACCUAUCGAGAGCGGCGAGCCAGUGACUGCGGCAGCCUGGGAGCAGCUUUAAGGGCUCAGGAGUCAGCAGGCUUGGAGAGGUCAGAGGGGGCUUCUGGAAGUGUUCGCAGCCUCGCUGCCAUGCUGGAAACAACCAUCGUGAGUGGGACCAAAACCCUGCCGAAGAAUCUGGGAAGCAGCACCAGCUACCUACAGGUGAGUCCACCGCUGCUUCGUCGCCAGGCAGGCGCAGGAGGUCUCGGGUCUGAAGAUGAUGAUGUUUUAAGUCGGCGCCGGACCAUCAGUGGACCUGAAGGCCUCCCUGGUGAUCAGACUGACCAAUUACCUCAACAACCAGCCCAACGACGCCCCGAGCCUCGGCCGCGCUCCACCGUGGUCACCUCAGCAUCAGAGAUCACGGACGGCACAGCGACGCUCCGAAGGAAGCCACGUCCUGUGGCCGCAGAUUCCGAAGCUCCUGCAUCUGUGGCUACUACUGUCGUUACCAUGACUACUAGCUCCGACACCAUACGCAGGAGGCCACGCACGACUGAGCACACAGAGCACGCAGAGCAUGUCAUUCAAAGCAAUAACCAAUCAGAUUCUCCUAGCAGUCAAAUAGACAGCAGCCGGAAAAUCGAAAGCGAGCCACAGCAGAAUGGCGGCGUGGUCCUGAGGCGGAGGCCGGUGUCUGAGGUCUCUGAGAGGACAGAGACCAACAAAGAGAGCUGUGAGUGGAUGGAAGCUAGGAAGUCUCUGAAGCCACCAGUUUCACCCAAACCAACCACUGUCACCCUGAGGAAGACGCAACCCGACCUCCCGACCCCGACUCGCAGGGUUCCCAUACCUGGGCCUGACACUGCUGAGCUCGCCCAGAGCCCUGAGUCGAAGCGCGUCCCUCCCCCCGUUUCCCCGAAACCACGUGGGCCUCCAACAGCACCCAAACCCGGCAAAGCAGUAGUAGCUUCAGCAACCAUGAGCCCGAGCCCUGCUGCUACCAGCCCAGCUGCAGCCAGCCCCACCCAGGCCCCCAAACCCUCCUCUCCACUCUCUGCCGCCCCUCUUCCAGCUCCUGACACCCCGUCUGCUCCCUCUCUCUCCCCAGGGCUCCCCCUUACUUCCCCUUCUCCGGCCCAGAGUCCCUCCACUCCCUCACCACAUCCUGUCAAACCCCCACGCUCCUCCAUCGCUGGUCUCUCCAUUGACCUGAUGGGUGGACGGGAAGUAGAGGAGGAAGAGGAGAGGAGGAGAGAAGAAGAGGAGAGGAGGAGAGAGCGGGAGCACAAGAGGCACAAAGAGCACGGAGAGGAGGGGAAGAGAGCUGAGGACGGGAAUCUGAAGGAGCUGGAGAGGAAGCACUCCAAGGGCGACAAGGUGGAGAGUCAAGUAGGGGAAGGAGAGCCGGAGGAGGAGGUUCAGCAUCGCUUGGAGGAGACCAGCGCCUCUUUGGCUGCAGCUCUGGAGGCUGUAGAGCAUCAGAUCAAAGAGGAAGAUACACAAAAUGACUCUCUUUCCAGUAAAAAAGCAACAGUCUCCAUCUUGGAUGACAUCGGCAGCAUGUUUGACGACUUGGCAGACCAACUGGAUGCGAUGCUGGACUGAUCUGCUGCCCACAUCUCAUUUCCUACAAGCCCUUUCCCUUGCCCCCCAUCAUGUGUAGGUGUAAGAAGAAAACUCUCCCAAGGCUCAGUGCUGGCGCGGAGAGCGCGUGUUCAUGCGUGUGCCCCUCGUGCGUGAGCGCUUCUCGUGUAGCCUUGUACAGUACUGACGAGGGGGGGAGCGGGGAGGGGAGUCCUCUUUGUCUGGUGCAGUAGCUCUAGUACGCCUCCUGGUGCAAGGAGGCCGCUCCCACACAACCUCUGACCUCUGCAGCUCAGCAUGUCGCCGCCGCCCGGCCCCAGAAGGCUGUGUGGACCGAGAAGCACAAUCAUUUUCCUCAUCCUUUUAUCUCUACAGACUCUGCUUUGAACCGACAUGCUGACUCAGUCAGACAGGGAGACAGCAGAUAAGCAUAUUGCUUGCAAAAUAAGCACAUUAACCGUCUGACAGGGAGAUAGAUAGAUAGAUAGCUAGAUAGACCGAUAGAUAGACAAGAUAGAUACUGAUGAGACAUCUGAGAAAAUUUAUAAAAGCACAUGAAGAGAGAGGCGGGCCGCUUUCUGAGCCCAUCUCACUCCCGCAAUGUCAAAAGGAUGCAUUUUUCCAGUCACUUGUAGCCUCUGUUUCUCUUCUGUUUGAGUGGAGGAUUGUGGUUAGCCAGACUUCCUGACUUCCUGUAUGUCGUCUCUGUUCAUGUUGUUGUUGUUGCUGUUGCUGUUGCCGUUGCUGUUAUUGUUGCCGUUGUGUGUAGUCCCUGCUGAUGCUCACGUCAGUGUCCUCCCUCUCGUACAGUAGUUAUUGUAAUGAUCAGAAAGAUGAUAUAGAUGUGUGUCCAUGAAUUUUGAGACACUCACACACACACACACACAAUACAUCUUGCUGGUGGCUAACUCCAUUUGUGGAGGUUUGCUUGCAAACAAAUCUGCGCACACACACACACACAUACAUAUAUAUAUAUAGAUAUACAAGCACACUCAUGCGAUAUAUCCCUUUGUCCUGCUGCAGUGAACAGUGUUUAUAAAAGAUGAACCUAUAUUUCAAUGCUUUAUAUAGUACAUCCAGUAUACAGACAUACAUAGAGUUUAUAGUAUACCUGGGUAUUUGAGCUGUUAUGGCUCCCUCUAGUGUUGGUUAGUGAAAUUGCCUCUAAUCUUCCCACCUUGCAUCACGUCUAGCCGCCCCUCCUUUGAAAAAUCUCCCUCUGUGUCUGUUUUGUUAACUCUGCAUCUCUCUGUGCCUUGGUAGUGUUCUUCAUAUAUUCAGUUUUUUUUUUGUUUUGUUUUUUUUUUUUGUUCUACACUUUAACAUAUUUAUUUAUUUAUGGUUCCUUACAAACCCUUUUGUGUCUGUGAUGUUAAAAUAGCUUCUAUAUAUGAUCCAUAAAAUUAGUCAGCUUGUCUAACCCAUUAAAAAGCCUCGUACCGGCCCAUGUAAGCCCCCCCGUAAGCUGUAAUAAGUUGGCUCCGCUCCUCUUUGAAUCCCUGGUUUUUAGUGGCCCUCCCCUCCCGUGUAAGCCAGACAGUGGAUCAACUACCAGUGUUCAUCCCCCCAAAUGAAGAGUCCACUUGUAUUUUUAUGCUCUUUGAAAACAAAGAUAUAUUUGAGAGACAAAUUGAUCUAUGUGAAUACUAUUAAUAAUAACAAUAAUGAUAAUGGCUGUAGGCCCUGAGGUGAGCUUAUGGUUGAGUUCUGGAUGUGUUGUGACGGCUGUUGUGCCAUGGUGGUUGGGUUUAGGUUGUGUUUCUGCUGUGACGAUGCA